UUUAAGCAUUCGACAGUAUUGUCAGUAAUCAGUAUGGCAGCCACUUGCUUGUCUCCGCAUACGUAAAGAAUAGUCCAACCUUAAUAAUUUAAAGAGUUGUAUUAUGCAUACUCUCCAUUUUCACUCCCUUCUACUCUCCGAAGUGCUUCACUCCCUUACUUCUUUAUUUCCUGAAGUGGCAAGCAGAGAUUGGUUAGUAUCCACAAAAAAGUUUCUACAGAGGGAGAGAGAGUAUAAAUUGAGAGUAUAAAAUAGGAAUCAUCAGUAUUUUCCUAAUUUAAGUGGAUUGGUUUCAAAAAUAAUAAAAAAAUAUAUCUGGAUUACAACAACAAUGGAGAAGAAAGCGAGCUUCACUUUAGCCUUAUUCUCGUGCCUUCUCAUUGUUUCUCCAGAGGUCGGAUAUGGCGCGGAUACAAAGCUGUUCGUUUUUGGAGACUCCUAUGCCGAUACUGGGAAUACACCGCAGAAUGAUGGUUUUGAGUGUUGGGAGGAACCCUAUGGCAUCACUUUCCCCGGCAAACCUUCCGGCAGAUUCUCCGACGGCCGUGUUCUCACCGACUUCGUAGCUGAGUAUCUGGGAAUCAGAUCUCCAGUGCCCUACAGAGAGUGGAAGCUGGGUUUAAAUUUACAGAAAUAUGGGAUGAACUUUGCGUAUGGUGGAACCGGUGUUUUCAACACCAUCAAUGGUGGGCCCAACAUGACCGCACAGAUUAAUGAUUUCCAACAACUGAUUCAACAACGUGUGUUCACCAAACGCGACCUCACUUCGUCGGUUGCUCAUGUUUCGCCGGCCGGGAACGACUACGCUUUGUCGGUCGGCGGCCAAAAGGAUAUAGAGAAUGUUAUCAGUCAGCUAGUGUUGAACCUCAAACGCAUAUACAGUUUGGGAGUUCCGAGAAUAAGUAUGGUGACAGUGCCGCCAUUUGGAUGCUUUCCUGAAAAUGUUCCCAUCCAACCUUCACCUAAUAGGGUUUGCAACGAAUCAGACAAUUCAUUUUCAAGGCUUCACAAUCAAUUGCUGAAAAAAGCUGUGGAGCAACUGAACAAUGAAACUGGUGGAUCCACUUUUGUCAUUCUUGAUAUCUACUCUGCAUUCAUGUAUGCCUUGAAUUGGAAAUCAAGUUGUGUGAAUCCAUUGGGAGAAUGUUGCAAGGGAACAAGAAGUGGAUCAAACUGUGGAGAUGUUGAUGAAGAUGGAAGAAAGGAAUAUGUAGUGUGUGAGGAUCCAAAGAAGUCAUUCUUUUGGGAUACAAUACAUCCUUCACAACAAGGCUGGCUUUCUGUUUUUUCAAUUGUGAAACCCUCACUCAACACUCUCCUCUUACCUCAUGCCCCAUUCACUUCUGCCUCCGUUGCAAUAUAAGUAGAUUUUUAAAAUAAAUAGGAAAAAGUGUCAAAUAGGCCACUGAACUUAUCACUUUUGUGCAAUUUGGUCAUUUAACUUAAAAAG